AUGUAGCAAAGAUUGGUAAGUCAAGUCUACAACGACAUAUUUUUCUUUGGUCAGACAUGUCUUCUACAACGACAUAUGUAGCAAGGUUUCGUGUGGACAGAAUCUCUCUCUGCACCUUCACACUAAGCCAUGGCGUUCCCAUUCUUAGAAACAGUUAUUGGUUUUAAGAUAUUAAAGUACAUCCUUGAAACUUAUUUGGAUUUCCGGCAACACUCAGCUCUCAAGCUUCCAACCCUUCCUAAAGCUCUGGAAGGAGUAAUCAGUCAAGAAAAGUUCGAGAAGUCACGAGCCUACUGUCUUGAGAAAAGCAAUUUCCAUUUUGUUCGUGUGUUUGUGACGUUACUUAUGGACUCAGCAAUAUUGUUCUUUCGGGUUUUGCCUUGGUUUUGGAAGAAAUCAGGAGACUUUGUAGUUUUAGCUGGCCUCAAUGCUGAAAAUGAAAUACUGCAUACCCUUGCAUUUUUAGGAGGAAUGAUGAUUUGGUCAAAGAUAAAAAAGUUACCAUUUUCUCUGUACUCCACAUUUGUGAUCGAGGCUCAUCAUGGUUUUAAUAAGCGAACUAUAUGGUUAUUCUUUAGAGACCUUUUUAAAGGAAUAUGUAUCUCUGUUAUCCUUGCCCCACCUAUUGUGUCUGCAAUCAUUGUAAUUGUACAGAAAGGAGGUGCUUACUUGGCCAUAUAUCUUUGGGCGUUCAUGCUUGUUUACUCUCUUGUGAUGAUGACCAUCUACCCUAUUCUAAUAGCCCCACUCUUUAACAAGUUCACCCCUCUUCCGGAGGGUCAGCUCAGGGAAAAAAUUGAGAAGCUCUGUUCUUCCCUUGAUUUUCCAUUGAAGAAGCUCUUUGUCAUUGAUGGAUCAACAAGAUCAACUCACAGCAAUGCCUAUAUGUAUGGUUUUUUUAAUAACAAGAGAAUUGUCCUCUAUGAUACACUGAUUCAGCAGUGCAAAAAUGAUGAGGAAGUUGUAGCUGUUCUAGCUCAUGAGCUAGGCCAUUGGAAGCUUAAUCACACAGUGUACUUAUUUAUUUCUGGGCAGAUCCGUAUGCUUUUAAAAUUCGGUGGAUAUGCUCUCCUGAGAAAUUCCAGCAGUCUCUUUCAAAGUUUUGGGUUUGAUACUCAACCAGUUAUCAUUGGUCUUAUCAUAUUUCAGCAUACCAUUACACCUAUCCAGCACCUAGUACGCUUUGCUAGUAACCUUGUGAGCCGAGCUUUUGAAUUUCAGGCUGAUGAUUUUGCUAAGAAACUUGGUUAUGCCUCUUCACUUCGAGCCAGUCUAGUGAGGCUGCAGGAAGAGAAUUUGUCAGCUAUGAACAUCGAUCCAUGGUACUCGGCAUAUCACCGUUCUCAUCCCCCACUUGUUCAAAGGUUGGCUGCAAUUGGUGAUGUGGACAAGAAAGCAGACUGAUCGAUAGAGCACGUAUAUGAUUUAUGAAUCUUAGUUGACAAAAAGCACUGUGCUUAUCAUGGUCAAUAACAUGUACUGAUUUGUUUUCUUUUAAACAUUCAAGUAUAAUGAGGAUUCACAUAUUCAUAGUUCACGACUUCA